AUGGAGAUGCUUACAAAUUCUUCUGGUUCCCAUAGAAUGGAGGUUGUUGUUGUUGUGAAAGAGCUUGAAGAAAAUAUGGGUAUGACUUGUGAUAGCGACCAUAUUGAGAUGCGUGAUUUAAGUGGCAACAUAACGACAAUCAAUGAUGGUUUAGUUGGUGGAAUUUCUGAUGGUGUUAUUAGAAGUCCUGAUUUAGAGGAUAAUUCACUAGUUGUUGGAUCGCGUUUUGAAGAUUCAUGCAGUUUCAAACAAAGCAUUCGUUCCAAUGCAAUAAUACAUAACUUUGAUAUCAAGAUUAAGGCAAGUGACAAAACACGAGUUAUUGCUACAUGCUCAUAUCGUGGUUGCCCUUGGAGGAUAAGAGCUUCGUUAUGUUCCGAUGGGCAUUCUUUUGAAGUGAAAAAAUUGCAUCCGACACAUUUAUGUCCAGGGGUUAAUAGAGCUGGGAACAAGCAAGCAACAACAAGUUGGGUUGCACAAGAAAUCCAAGAGAUUGUCAAAAGAAAUCCUGAUAUCACACCAAAGAACAUUAGUAAUACCUUGGAGACUACUUAUGGUUUGAGUUUACCUUACAUGAAAAUAUGGCGAUCAAGGGAACUAGCAAGAGAUCAAAUGUUUGGAUCAAUAGAUGAUAACUAUAAGUGGGUUCCAACGUUAAGGUCUGAAUUACUCAGAAGAAAUCCAGGCUCUCAUAUUACAUAUCAAUGUGACAACAACAACAAAUCAUUCAAGAGAUUCUUUGUUAGUUUUAAAGUUUGCAUUGAUGGUUUCCUCUCUGGUUGUAGACAUUUAAUUGGUGUUGAUGCCUGUCAUUUGAAAUCAAAAUAUUUAGGUGUUCUAUUAUCUGCAAAUUGUCUUGAUGGGAAUAAUGGCCUCUUCACAAUUGCAGUUGCUGUUGCUGAAUCUGAAUCGAAGAAGAGUUGGGAGUGGUUUCUAAAGAAUUUGUCAGAAGCAUUUAGUUGUGAAGUAGAACAAUUGGCCUUCAUAUCUGAUAUGGAAAAAGGGCUUGGUGAAGCAAUAAGGGUUGUUUUUCCAAAAGCCGAACAUAGGGUGUGUAUGAGACACCUAUGGAAGAACAUUAAGAAAUUCUUCCGCUGUGCAGAUGGGCAAAAAUUGCAGAAGUUG